AUGCAUCGAGACAUUCUCUCACUGCUAGCAGCAACAUCGUUAUGCUCUGCCGUACCCCCUCCUGAGAAACCAUGCAAUCCUCCUGCUACGUAUCCAUUAACCCAUAACAGUUCAGCCAUAGCCCAUGACCCGGAUAUCCUCAAGCACGAAGACUAUUAUUACCUCUUGGGAUCAGGGCCUGGGAUACGCUUUUCCAGGGCAAGAAGUUUAAACGGCCCUUGGGAAGACCUGGGGGCCAUUUUGGACAAACCGAGCAUUAUCCCAAAGGGUGACCGAGCGAAACCCUGGGCCCCCUCAUCGGGCUCCAACGACAGCGCGAUUGGAGUCGCAACUUCUAAACAGAUGAAACCUGGGAGCUGGACAGAUCAUGGUGCGCUCGUCCAUACUGGAACCGGCCCCGGUUCCCAGAGAGAGCCCUUCAAAGGAUCCAACGCCAUCGAUCCGCAGGUGUUUAUUGACCCGAAAGACGGUCAAGCGUACUUGAAUUAUGGGAGUUACUUCUCGGGCCUCUGGCAGGUCCCUUUGAGUGAUGACUUGAUGUCACUCAAGUACCCCGACAAGGUCGAUGGCAGGCACCUUGUUAACAAGCCCACAGGAGUAGAGGAAAAUAGCUUUAUCACAUUCAAGGAUGGCUUCUAUUACCUUUGGUUUAGCUAUGGACAGUGCUGCAAUUUUGAUCCGGGUAACCUUCCUGAGGAUGGAAAAGAAUAUUCGAUUCGUGUCGGGCGCUCGAAGAAUGUUCGUGGUCCAUUUGUAGACAAGUGCAGCAGGGAAUUGACAUCCGGAGGUGGCCAUGUUGUGUAUGGCUCGAACCAUAAUAAACAGGUAUACGCACCUGGUGGGCAGGGCGUGUUGCCCGGGGACCCACAAGACAUUUUAUACUAUCAUUGCUUGAAUACCAGUGUUGGUUUAGAAUAUUUGGACGCCUACAUGGGAUGGAGCUAUCUUGAGUAUGUCGACGGUUGGCCUGUCGCUACAUCCGACCCUGUUUGA